AUGAAGUCCAAACUAAACAUGGAGCGACUGAGCAAGCCGGAGCUGCUGAUGCUGUUCAGUGUCCUGGAGGGAGAGCUGGAGGCCCGCGACCUGGUCAUCGAAGCCCUCAAGGCGCAGAAAAAGGAUGUGUUUGUUCAAGAGCGUUACGGACGCUACGACCUGAGCGACCCAUUCCUGGCCCUGCAGCGGGACAGCGAGGCGGUGGGGGGGCAGGAGGGGCAGGAGGGGCAGAAGGAGCAGGUCUCCAGCCCCCUGGUGCUGCUCAGGCUGGUGGUCAGUCACUGCCGGAGGGUCCAGGAGAAGAUGCUGGCGCAGCUGGCAGCGGCAGAGAGCCGGCACAGGAGGGUCAUUGCAGAUCUGGAGGAGGAGAAGAGGAGGCACGCAGAGGACACGGCAGAAGGAGACGAUGUGACCUACAUUUUAGAAAAGGAAAGGGAGCGGUUACAGCAACAGUCGUGCUCGUGUGUCCUGCAGCUGGAGUUUGAGCGUUGCCAGGUGCGACGGCUGGAGAAGGAGCAGCGGCGCCUCACCGAGCUUCUGGAGGAGGAGCGCACGCAGCACAAGCAGCUCUCCUGCGCACUGGCCAAAGAGUGCAAGUGGGCCAGCGCCAGGGCUCUGGAGGAGGGCCACAGACUGUCCGAGACCGGCCGCAAGCUCGACAAAGAGCGCGAGUCUUGCCACGCUCUGAAGACGGAGCUGUCGGAGGAGCGCAGGAGGGCUCUGAGGAUGGAGGCUCGGCUGGAGGAGCAGCUGGCCGAGUUUGACACGGAGCGGGAGCAGCUCCGGUCACGGCUCAAGAAAGAGGAGGCUCAGUGCUGCCAGCUCCAACUGCAGGUGGAGGAGCUUCAGAGAAAGUUGGAGGAAGUGAGCAGCUCGUCUGAUUCCACAAAAGCAGCGGAGGACGAGGUGCAGGAGUGGGCCUCCCCGGUCCCUUCUUCUCAUGCGCUCAACACGACGGUGGAAGAUCUGGAGCAGGACCACACCCCCCUCUCUCCAAGUGUGAAGGUCAACGGUCAUCACGGCGCCACAGAGACCUACGCGCUGCAUGGACCUGCCAUCGACAGAGCUGUCUUACACACGGACCCUCAGACCAUCCUCCUACCUCCCCUCUCCCCGUGCGCCUCUCCAAACCUCAGCCGACACCCGUCCUCCUAUCAGUCUCCAUACCAGGCCGGGAUUCACCAACGCUUCCACGCCGCUCGCCACAAAUUCCAAGGGACACCCGACGGCGAAGCUCCCGUCUCCACCGCAGCGACGAAGGAGCCCGUGUCCACUGCUUCUGCCCCUGAAUCCAGCCCCGUGAAGCAGCUAGCCCGCAGCACCGUGACGCAAGUCCUGUCUCGUUUUACCAGCGCGCAGCCGAAACUGCCGGCGCCCAACCCCUCGCCUUUUGGGACAGAUUACCGACACCUGGCCACGCCCUUGUCUCCGGUGAUUGGAAGAGCUACUGCCGCAUCGCCACAGGUGGUACGGUCCCCGACUAUCCCCAGGGCAGAGAGGGGCACCCCGCCGCCCAUACCGCCAAAGAAGCCUGGACUGGCACAGGCCCCGUCCUCGCCCGCCACGAUGGCCAAGUCCACGAGGCAUUUGUCCGAGAGCCCGGUUUCAGGAAGCUGUGGGACCGUUUCAAGUCCAGACGGGGGCAAAGAGCUGGAUAUGGUUGUGUCCAGUUAA